AAUCCUUAAGAAGCCUCGGAUGAAGCAAAAUAUCUUUGAACCCCUUGAGAUUUCCAUAGACUCCAAGGGCUGCAUAGAAGACAUUUACAAGUAGUUCAACAUGCAUUACAAAGAUGGUUAUUCAUUACAAAGUAAAAGCCUAGUACAUCACACUAAGUACAUCAACAUGGUAGCAUUCAAGUCUUUAGUAAAAUCUAGCUCCUAGAUCUUUCAAACUAUGAUUGUUCAAUGAGUAGUUGCAUUCCUUUCCUUGGAGAAUCCCUUGAUUGCUAAAGCCAUAUAAAGUGCGAUGUGCUUGAGCUUUUGAUCUUCGCGGUUGCUCUUGGUUCUUGUCCUUCUAAGCUUGCCCCUUGGACUUGGCAAUUGCCCACGAUGGAGAAAAAUGCUUGCAGUUAAAGAGCUCCUCAAUCCUCUGUUGGUCAAAGCUUUCUCCAUGGAUGAAUAUUUCAAAAGUGUCUUGACUGAUAAAGACUCGCAUUUGACCAGGUAUGAAUCCAUAUUUCAAUUGUUGAAGGCAGAGAAUCAAACAAGAUUAUGGGAGUGCAAGGAAAGAAGUAAACAUGGAUGCCAAACAAUAGAUAAAGGAUGAAAAAACAUGAAUAUGCUCUAAAGUGAUAAUUUGUGUGGAGUUGUGUCCUAAAGCAUGCAUUUUUGGGAAUGCAUGAAAAGAAAUAAACAUGGAUGGGAAAUGAGUGAUAAAGGAUGCAAGAAUAUAAAUAUGCUGACGAGUGGUAAGGUGUGUGAAAUUGUAUCCUAAAACAUGAAUUUUUCUUCAUUAAGUAUGCCAAGCAAAUUUCAAAGGAAAAGCUGGUGAUUCACUAUUAUAACCCAUUAAAUUGGCAUUCAUAAGAAUAUCAUUCCUUUGAAAAGAAAGCAAGUGUCGUGAAGCUUGAAGAAAAAGUGAAUGGUGUGAUGCUUGGAGAAAAUGGAUGAUGUGAUACUCAAAAAUCAUGUGCUCCAAUUAUUUUGAUGUCUAGAAAGUGGAAUUUUCAUGAAUUUAUCUUUGAAGAACCUCUUCUCUUUCUCUUUUUUUUUUUUUUUCAAAAAUGUGAAAUGCUUUGGAUUUGGUUGAAAAAGGCCCACAAGUUCGAAACAUGCAAGCGUAAAUUUCUUGUAGAAAAGUGCAAGAUGGUAAGAACUUUCAAUGAGAAUUUGGACUUCUUUUUUCCUUCUUUUUUUUUUGAAAUGUGAGAAAGAUGAGAUGAAGAAACAUGAGAGGAAAACUAGCACCAUGGAUAAAAUUUUCAUUUUUUU